AUGGCUGAAGAAGGAUUAGAAUUCGAAUACCGGAAGAAAUUCCAGGGGAUUGAAUUCCGGGACAUGCACGACUUGAUCAACAAGGUGGACCGAUAUGCAUCCUUGUUGAAAGAAGAGGUGCAGAAGAGGACGGCUUCAAAAGGGACUUAUUAUCGGAAUCCCGUUGUCAGCUAUGCCGAAGCAGACAGCCCCACAAAUGAGCUCAGCCGAGGUCAGCAUAGACAAGCCAUUCGUCUGCAAAGGACUUGUUAA